GAAAAUUAAAGGAAAAACUCAGUAGCUGCUCAUUUGUGGAACAAAAAGUUAUUUCUUUAUUGAAAUUGCAUCUUGUAAAGAGAAUCACAGUGGUGACGUGAAGCAUCCCCAGGAGGAGCACAGCAGGACAACUCCCGUUGGAUCACCACGUUUCUAAGACCCACGUUCCCCCUCCCCCCUCUGCCAGAGGGCUUGAGCGACCACCCACUUCUGCACCAGGCCCGCCUUUUCUGCCGAGAACAGGCACCACGAUGAGUGGGGAAGCAAUGGAUGCCGUCAGUGUCUUCGGCAUAAACGAUGAUGAUCUGGGGUCGGGUAAUAACAGUUUGGAUUAUUUACUUGAUGAUGACAGCUUACUGUGUUCCUUGCAAGAGGUCAGAGAAUUCUCUGAGCUGUUUGUGCCAAUUGCUUACUCCCUGAUAUGUGUUUUUGGCCUCCUGGGCAAUAUUUUGGUGGUGGUCACCUUUGCUUUUUAUAAGAAAGCCAAGUCUAUGACAGAUGUGUAUCUCUUGAAUAUGGCCAUCGCAGACAUACUGUUUGUCCUCACUCUCCCAUUCUGGGCCGUUAGCCACGCUACUGGCGAGUGGAUUUUCAGCAACGCCACGUGCAAGCUGAUGAAGGGCAUCUACGCCAUCAACUUCAACUGUGGGAUGCUGCUCCUGACCUGCAUCAGCAUGGACCGCUACAUCGCCAUCGUGCAGGCCACCAAGUCCUUCCGGCUGCGGUCCAGAACGCUGGCGCACCGUGGGAUAAUCUGCUUGGUGGUGUGGGUGGUGUCGGUCCUCAUCUCCGGCUGGACGUUCAUGUUCAACCAGAAGUACAACGUGCAGGGCAGUGACGUGUGUGAACCGCGGUACCACGAGGGCUCGAACCCCAUCAAGUGGAAGCUGCUGAUGCUGGGGCUGCAGCUCCUCUUUGGCUUCUUCAUCCCGCUGGUGUUCAUGAUCUUCUGCUACAUGUUUAUUGUCAAGACCCUAGUGCAGGCUCAGAACUCCAAGCGGCACAAGGCCAUCCGCGUGAUCAUCGCGGUGGUGCUGGUGUUUCUGGCUUGCCAGAUCCCCCACAACAUGGUGCUCCUCGUAACGGCCGUCCAGCUGGGCAGGAUGAACCGCCUCUGCCACAACCAGAAGCUGCUGGCCUACGCCACCAACAUCACCGAGGUCCUGGCUUUCCUGCACUGCUGUCUCAACCCCGUGCUGUACGCCUUCAUCGGACAGAAGUUCAGGAGCUACUUUCUGAAGAUCGUGAAGGACCUGUGGUGCGUGCGGCGGAGGCAGAAGGCGCCGGGCUUCUCGUGCUCCAGGCUGCACUCGGAAACUUUCAUCUCCAGGCAGAACAGUGAGACCGCGGACAAUGACAACGCGUCGUCCUUCACCAUGUGACCGGCCCGGACGGAGCCUGUGGCCCCCUAUCAGACUCAGGGGCCCUGUCCUCCCGCAGGCCUGAGCCCCCGGGGUGCCCUCCGCCUGGCCCCCAGAGCAGGCCCCCGGGAACGGCCCCAUCACAGCCAACUGGCGUGGACAUUUUCAGGAAUCUUCUCGAAGCAGCCCGAGAACACGAUUUCUCCUGCCCGCCGCAGAACUGGUAGGGUUUAGAAAACCAGGACAGAAGAGGAGUCACGUGGGAGCCCCCACUCAGCUCAUUUUCGGCAGAA